AUGGCUUCUCGGCGCUGGCGAUGGGUCACUCCCGGCUAUGCGAGGAAUCUGAAACUCGAACCUGCUGCUACUAAUGGCGGAGAAAGAAAGAUCGAUGGCUCUCGAUUUGAUGAGAGACCUAGAUUAUUCGGCGAUUUAAGCAGCAGCAGCACAGGCGCACGGGACUCUGGCGCGGCGGGCUCGGUAAGCCGUGCCUCGUCUUCAAGCUUGCUUUCGUCUUCCUUUCACAAAUCUACAGGCGGAGGCGCAGGAGGCAUGCCGUCCAGUAGCAGCGGGGCUGACAAGAGGAAAAAGUACGGAUAUAUCCCUGAUACCUUCACCUCCAUCGAUCAGGUGACGGCGGCCUUGAGAGAAUCGGGCUUGGAGUCAUCUAAUCUAAUUAUCGGAAUUGACUUUACAAAAAGUAAUGAAUGGACAGGGAAAGUUUCAUUCAACAACCGCAGCCUGCAUGCAGUUGGUGAUGUGCCUAAUCCAUAUGAGAAAGCAAUAGCUAUCAUUGGGAAGACUUUGGCCCCUUUUGAUGAAGACAAUUUGAUACCUUGUUUCGGGUUUGGGGAUGCAACUACACAUGAUCAGGAGGUGUUUAGCUUUCACAAUGAUCACUCUCCUUGCAAUGGCUUUGAAGAAGUUUUGGCUUGCUAUAAAAGAAUAGUUCCAAAUUUACGAUUAUCUGGACCAACAUCUUAUGGACCAGUGGUGGAUGCUGCAGUAGAUAUAGUGGAAAGAAAUGGUGGACAAUACCAUGUUCUAGUGAUUAUAGCUGAUGGCCAGGUUUCAAGAACUGUCAAUACGAAUGAAGAGGAACUCAGUACCCAGGAAGAGAAAACAAUUAACUCAAUUGUCAACGCAAGUUUUUAUCCUCUCUCAAUUAUUCUUGUUGGCGUUGGUGAUGGUCCCUGGGAAGAUAUGAAAAAAUUUGAUGACAAAAUUCCUGCUCGUGAAUUUGACAAUUUCCAGUUUGUAAAUUUCACGGCUAUCAUGUCCAAGAACUCAUCACCGUCUGGAAGAGAGACAGCCUUUGCUCUUGCCGCGCUCAUGGAGAUUCCCAUCCAAUAUAAAGCAACAAAAGAAUUUGGUAUAUUAGGACGAGUGACUGGUAAAGCAAAGAAAGUAGUUCCACGACCUCCACCUGUACUGUCCACUCGCCAAACUGGAUUUCCAGCACGAGAGCCCAGCACUGGUUCUGCUAUGCAAGAUGACCAAAAUCAGGUCUGUCCAGUUUGCCUAACCAAUGGAAAAGACAUGGCUUUUGGUUGCGGACACAUGACAUGUAGAGAUUGCAGCAUAAGGUUGUCCGACUGUCCAGUUUGUCGACGACCUAUCACAAGCCGACUCAGGCUAUACACUUGA